ACAAGGAAACACCUGUUGCACUGCAGUUGCGCAUCUUUCACUGACUCUCAAACCACUAGUUUUCUUCUGACAAAAAUACGUCCCAGAGUUCACAAAUACCAACUGAUCUCAUCGUAGGACACCAUGUCUGAGGGUAAAACAGUCACUUCCAAGGCUGUGGAGCUGAAGCACCCAGAACUAGGACCAGAGACCCAGUCCUCCUCUCACCUGGACCCGACCCAGACCCCCCCUCAGGCACCGGAGAGUGGUGCUCAUCCCGAGAUAGAGACAGAGGAGAGAGGGCCUGCUGCCCCCACACCUGAUACUGGGGCUGGUGUUGGAGAUGGAGCUGGAGCCGGAGCCGGAGCCGGAGCCGGAGCCGGAGCCGGGGCCAAUGGGAACCGUUGGACUUCUGCACUAAAUCAGUUCAAACUCAAGAGGUUCUUUGUUUUGAGGCCUGGGACCCUGGACCAAGCCCUGGAAGACAUCAAGGCUCUGAUCAGUCAGGAGGACGGAUCUGUCCACGGUGCCUGGCUCAUGGCUGAGGUUGACCAUUGGAACAACGAGAAAGAGCGUGUGGUGCUGAUCACAGACAACUCCCUGCUGGUCUGUAAGUACGACUUCGUCAUGCUCAACUGUGAGCAGAUACAGAGAAUCCCUCUCAACUUUGUAGACCGCAUCUCCCACGGCAACUUCAGCUUCCCUCAGCGGUCUCUCCUCACGAGAGAAGGAGAGGGUGUGCGUGUGUUCUGGGACCGGCUAAGGGAACCCUCGUUCUCGUCUAGAUGGAACCCGUUCGCUACAGACUACCCAUUCAGCACCUUUACCAAUCACCCUGUCAGGAACAUAGACCACAGGUUCACUGCUCUCUGUGAGAUCCAGUGCUUCCGUGAGCAGCUGACGGAGGCAGCCCAGAAGGCCCACCUAAAGAAUCCUGUCCCUGGGAAGGCCAACGGGGUCCUGGUGCUGAACCAGCCCCUGCUCAUCGAUGCCUACGUGGGUCUCAUGUCCUUUAUUGGCAACCAGAACAAACUGGGGUACUGCCUGGCACGGGGAAACAUUGGGUUUUAAACUAGGAUUUGGCUAUGUGCUUUUGAACGUACAUUACUACUUGAUUACUUAAUCAUAGUUUACAGUUGUGGCCGAGUUAAAGAUUUGCAGUAAUAUUGUAUAUUUUUUGUAUACAUCGGGUUUUAAACAUUUUUAAAUGUACAUUUGUACUUGAUUAGUUUCUGUUUUUGAAUGCUUUGUUCACAUUUUUUUUGUCCUAAUUACAGAUUUGAAGUAGUAUUGUGUAUUUUCUAUUUAAUAGUUCACAACCUGGAAGGAAUAGUUUUUACCCUAAUUUCAAAUGUGGUUUAGAGGUUAUUUGUUGGUUUGUUUUCUAACUUUCCAUGUUCAACUACCGUCAGUCUGAAAUUGAAACGUAUGUAGUUCUCCAUCAUUUGGAUUACCCUAAGCGCUAAGGAAUAGUCUACUGUAAUUUCAUACACAAUUACCAUGCCAAAUUGUUCCUGCCAUCACAGAGUUAAUAAAGUUUUCACAUUACCAUC